AUGUUGUGGACCUUCAUAGUUUUAACAUUGACUUCUGUAAUAAUCUCAACAUUUUCGUACACGAAGAUUUUUUUUACCCUCCGUCAUCGACAAGCCCAAGUACAAGAUCAUGUUCAACCAGAAAAGUCGAGCAGAAUAAGAAGUGUGCUGACCAUAGCACGGUACAAGACAACAGUGUAUAGCGCAGCUUGGAUACAGUUUGCUAUGCUUGCUUGUUAUGGUCCUUAUAUUAUAUUGGCAAUUUUAUAUAAUUCGGGUAAAAAAAGCUAUAUUACCACUGAAAUAGAAAUCGCAUUGGAUUUUUCCUAUUGUCUCGCCUUUUUCAAUUCAUCUCUGAAUCCAGUCCUUUACUGUUGGAGGAUCAAAGAUGUCAGACAGCAAGUGAAGAACACCAUUCGUAAGUGUCUUUGCUGUUGA